AGGACGUGCGCGCCCCCGCCUCGACGUGAACGCGGUCUCCGUGCGCGCCCCCGACAGAAGCGAAUGCGGUAACCUCGGAAGGAAAAAAAAAAAACAAGCGAGCGGCGCCCGAGACGACGCAGGAAAGGGCCGCACUUUUUUUUUUUUUUUUUUUUUACCUCCACUUCGUUUGGAACGUCUCAAUUCGGAACGCACAUUUCACGGCCUGCUUGCUGGCUAUUUUUUGUUUGUUUUGGGAGGAGGCGGAGGAGGAGGAGGAGGGUUUGUUUGUUGCGGCGUGGACGUUCGCGGACAGAGACAAUAGGAUGCAGCGGAGACUCGGCUGUUGACCGGUGUGCAGGCUCUCCGCUUCUGUCGUCCCCGAGGGGCCCGAUACCCGCGGUCCCCCGCUUUACCCGAGCUCGCGUCUGGACUCCGCCGACUGCUGCUGUAGGAGUACCGGGGAUCACCCUCUCUGGCGUCGUUCGGAUCGGAUCCGCACGGCUCGUCUCCUGACUGAGGAGGGCACAGCAGUUGCACCGUCGACUAGGAAGUCUUCCCUCCUUGCCCCGCCCACGCCGUCCUGUCACCAUGGUGCUUUCACAAAGGCAACGAGAUGAAUUAAAUCGAGCCAUUGCUGAUUAUCUGCGUUCCAAUGGAUAUGAAGGCGCAUAUUCAACUUUCAAGAAGGAGGCGGAGUUAGACAUGAAUGAAGAAUUGGACAAGAAGUACGCCGGUCUUUUGGAAAAAAAAUGGACUUCGGUUAUCAGAUUACAAAAGAAGGUCAUGGAACUUGAGUCUAAACUGAACGAAGCAAAGGAAGAAAUCACUCUGGGUGGACCGGUUAGUCAAAAACGGGACCCCAAAGAGUGGGUCCCGCGCCCGCCGGAAAGGUAUGCGCUGAGCGGUCAUCGGAGUCCUGUCACCAGAGUCAUCUUCCACCCGGUCUUCAGUGUGAUGGUCUCCGCUUCGGAGGAUGCUACAAUAAAGGUGUGGGACUACGAGACCGGAGACUUUGAGCGCACACUGAAGGGCCACACAGAUUCUGUGCAGGACAUCUCUUUUGACCAGACCGGAAAACUGCUCGCAUCCUGUUCUGCGGACAUGACCAUCAAGCUGUGGGAUUUCCAAGGCUUUGAGUGCAUCAGGACUAUGCAUGGACAUGACCACAACGUAUCAUCCGUAGCAAUUAUGCCCAAUGGAGAUCACAUCAUUUCUGCCUCAAGGGACAAAACUAUGAAGAUGUGGGAGGUGGCAACUGGUUACUGUGUGAAGACUUUCACGGGCCACAGGGAAUGGGUCCGCAUGGUGCGACCCAACCAGGACGGUACUUUGGUGGCCAGCUGCUCCAAUGAUCAGACGGUCCGCGUGUGGGUCGUGGCCAACAAGGAGUGCAAAGCUGAACUGCGGGAGCACGAGCAUGUGGUGGAGUGCAUCUCCUGGGCUCCAGAGAGCGCUUACCCCACCAUACUCGAUGCCACCGGUUCUGAGAGCAAGAAGAGCGGUAAGCCGGGCCCUUUCCUGCUGUCCGGCUCAAGAGACAAAACCAUCAAGUUGUGGGAUGUUAGCAUAGGCAUGUGCCUUAUGACACUGGUCGGCCAUGACAACUGGGUCCGUGGCCUCCUUUUCCACCCGGGAGGCAAAUUUAUUGUGACCUGCGCGGAUGACAAAACCUUAAGGAUCUGGGACUACAAGAACAAGCGCUGCAUGAAAACCCUGAGUGCCCAUGAACACUUUGUUACCUCUUUGGAUUUCCACAAAGCUGCUCCUUACGUGGUCACCGGGAGCGUAGACCAGACGGUAAAAGUGUGGGAGUGCCGCUGAACAGGACCUUCUCAGAUGGGACCAGCACCCCGCCGACCCAGACGGUCUUCUAGAUCCCGUUGUCCCCCCUCCCCUCCCCUCGUCCGCUCCACCUUAGCUAAACGUCACCCGCGCAUCUUCAUCUUCCUCGGGCUGCUCCCGCCGCCACCACGGUUACUUACCCGUCGCGCUCUCCGGUCUUUAUAACCUCUGCCCCUCAAUGUAAAUUAUUCCUGGAUGUAGAUCAAGCUAUUAAAUGUUACACAAAAAAAAGUAUUCUUGCAUGGUAAUCAAAACUUGUAUACUGUAAAUUUGCAUAACGUCUAGAAGUACCAUAGGUUUAACACAGGGCUGGCCUUACUGACCAACUGAAGGCAGAUGUUUUUGAUGUAGGGCGCUAAAAAAAAAAAUAAUUUAAGAAAUGAGUGUCUUUAUGUGUAAAAUUAUUUUGUUCUUCUUUUUUUUUUUUUUUUUUUUAAGAACUAUUUCUUCCUCUUUAUCUCCUUUGCUGUCUUAGUCUGAUCGUGCCUAGCUUGGUACAAAACCUUUUGAGCGAUCAGGCACAAAAAAAAACGUUAAGACUGUCGGCCUUUAUCAAAAUAAUCUGUAGCUUUAUACCAUCACUUCUCAAGUGUGCGUACCAUUUCUCUUCACGUGGAGCUUGCUCUUAUUUUAAUGGUUGUAUAUACCAAUGUUUCAAACUGUUGUCCUUGGACCUCGGGAGGGGGCGGGAGGAUAAACCGCAGCUUUGUACUCUUGUCACGGUGGCACACCAACAAAAUAUUCAGCUUUAGGUGAAACGUCCCGUUGCAAUUUGUGAAUCCCGGCGCCGAAGUUCCGCGGAGGCUGUUUGCGUGCGCGUCUGAGUGGGGAUCUGGGAUUACACCAUUUCUAAUCUUGGCCACUCGAGAAAGACCCCGGCUGCGUCGCCUUCGGGAGAUCGGUUCUUCUGACCUUCCCUUUGUCCUCAACUCCCACCCAAUUUAGCCAUGCUAGGGUAUUUGUAUCAUAUAGGAAGGAUGUAUAGACUAAAGAUACUUGGCUGUCUUUCGGCGCCUUUAAUGACUACGAACAUGAAGCUUCUUGUACAAAAAAAAGCGGAAAAGAAAAAGCAAAACAAGUCCACGUGCACGACUGGGUCUAAUACCCGGGACGCGCAAAGAUAACUUAAUUUCCGAGAGGUGAAAAAGAAGUUCAGGCCCCCCCCCC